UCAAAAAGCAGAAGUUAACUCAUUUAGUCGAAGGCGCAGAAUUAUAAAUUUGCUAUCAUAGAUCGUUUUACAAAAAUGUAUCAGAAAUGCAUAAUAUGGGUGGUGUUAAAGUUUUUUAAUUAUUGGUAUCGUUAAAAGUUUAAAUGGAUCGCUUAUCCUUGGUUGUAUUUGAUGUUUUAUUUAUCGUUCUGUGAAACAUACCUUGUAUUUUUAAAAUUUCUAUAGAUGUUUGACCUGUUUGAUUCGAACAGUUUGAACCGAACUCGGCUCGAACUCGACUCCGACACAACCCCUGAACUCGUCAAACCUAUAAAUAUAAGUAUACCAUAUACUCUCAAUUUUUCUUUCUCCGUUUUCGUGCCGCGCAGAAAUGUUCGUUGCUCCGUUGUUAAAAACAGUGAAAAACUGAGGGAAAAGCGUGUAAAUUGAGCUAAGAAAUAACAGUGCGUGCAUUAAUAAGCAAUAUAUUGAUAAAUAUAACAAUUUAACUGGGAUAUUCACGGUUAAACAAUGUUUUUGGUGCUUUUUUGGUGCUAAAACGACGCCGUCGCACUCGCACUCUCUCUUUCUCUCUCUUGCGGCGUCUGUGUCUCUCUCCCUCCUCCUCUCAACUUACGAUUUGCCUUUAUGCUGGGCAUUCGUUGAAGAUUGUUUACGAAUAGCUGUGUGUGAUAAAAGUGCAAAUAAAAAACAAACUUGCAAAAAGUAAAAGAAAAUAAAAUCCUAUGGAAUCUGUGAAUUAUUGCGGUAAAAGCACAACCACAAAAAAUAUUACGAAAAUGAGCCGGAAAAUGUGGUGGCUUUCUCUGCUGACGCUGGCUGCGCUGCAACUGCGCUCGGGCAGCGAGGUAGCGGCACAUUUGAAUGUUUUCCUAAAUCCCGUGGAAGUAAUGCGUUUAUUAGGUGUCUCUGCUGAGGUUUACUACGUUCGCGAAGGUCAUAUAAAUAACUACGCACUGAAUUUCAUUGUUCCGGUUCCGGCGAAUGUCAAGGACAUUAGUUUUACCUGGCAAUCUCUGGCGGGACGUGGCCUUCCCUACAGCAUCAAUGUGGUUAGCUCUGAUCAGGACGUGCUGCCUCGGCCAGCAAUCAAUGUGUCCCACAGUGGGGAAAUCCCCACAAGCAUUCAAACGUGGUCCAUUGCCCUCAAGUGCAGCGGUUUGAAGGCUGCGGAGGUGGAUGUGACUGUUAGUCUGGAAGUGGUGCUGAAUCGUUCUUUAAAUAAUGUGACUCACCUGGUAUUCCGGCGCAAGAAGAUCUGUCUUGUGAGUGAUAAUGCUGAAGAUCUAUCGGAUGAUAUGGAUGAUCCCCAGCUACUGGAGACUGUGAUGUUGCCACCAACUGGUUUGAUCACCCUAGUUGUGGGUGUUUCUGUGGCCAUGGGUUCUGUCUGCCUACUGCUGAUGAUUGCCUAUUGCGUGAAAGGAGCAGCCAAUAAGAGGCAGCAUCAUCAGCACGGAGGACAGCCGAUGAGAACGUCGAGUUUCCAGAGAUUAAACACCCACCCGCCUUGUCAGUCUUCCAUGGGAUCGGCGGCAUAUAUGACACCCUCGAUAAUAGCCCCGAUUCAUGGUUCCUCGUUGCCUCGGAAAGUCCCAGUGUCCGUGGAACAACAACAUCCGGAGGAGCUGCAUCGUCGUAUUUCCGAGUUGACCGUAGAACGCUGCAGGGUACGACUUUCCAGUCUCCUGCAAGAGGGAACCUUUGGCCGAGUUUAUCGCGGUACAUACAAUGAUAAUCAGGAUGUUCUGGUCAAAACGGUGGCCCAGCAUGCUAGCCAAAUGCAGGUAUUGCUGCUUCUCCAGGAAGGAAUGCUGCUCUAUGGAGCUUCUCAUCCGGGAAUUCUUUCCGUUCUGGGCGUUUCUAUUGAGGAUCACACCACCCCAUUCGUUUUGUAUCCUGCUCUGAAUAAUACCCGUAAUCUGAAGCUGUUCCUUUUGGAUCCGGCUUGUGCUCGCACUGUGACUACCAUUCAAAUUGUGAUGAUGGCAUCGCAACUGUCCAUGGCCCUGGAUCAUCUGCACAGCCAUGGUGUGGUACACAAAGAUAUUGCCACCAGGAACUGUGUAAUUGACGAUCAGCUCAGGGUCAAGUUGUCUGACAGUUCUCUGUCUCGGGAUCUCUUCCCCUCGGACUACAACUGCCUGGGAGACAGUGAGAAUAGGCCUGUUAAAUGGAUGUCUCUGGAGGCUCUGCAGCACAAACAGUUCUCCGAGGCCAGCGAUUCGUGGGCCUUUGGAGUCCUGAUGUGGGAGCUGUGUACCUCGGCUAAGCAACCCUAUGCCGAGGUAGAUCCCUUCGAGAUGGAACACUAUCUCAAGGAUGGAUAUCGGCUGGCCCAGCCCUUUAACUGCCCCGAUGAGCUGUUUACGAUCAUGGCCUAUUGUUGGGCUCUUCUACCUGCCGAGCGUCCGACCUUUGCCCAGCUGCAAUCUUGCCUCUCCGAAUUCUAUUCACAAAUCACGCGCUAUGUCUAGGACAUCAAGAUUAUCAAGUUCAUCCGCAUGGAGAUCGGCUCUUUUGAAGAGUCGCUGAGACUUAACCUUAGUUAAAUAAAGUCCUGUAGCUUACUCUACUUUGUUAUAAAGAGAUUUGCCAAAUCGAAUGUUUAGCCAAGCCCUGGCCCAUUAUAUGUACAUAUAGUUAAGAUAUUCAAAGCUCUUUAAGUACUUAUCACUAAGCUUACUCUACGAUAAACUUGACUUUUACCACAUAGAUCAAAUAGUUCAGUUUGCACAUCUCCCUCUUCUCUAAUCCAUCAAAACUAGCUAAAAACGAAAGCCGAAAUCAAAUAUAGUGAUAUUUAUAAAUAGGAUUAGUUAAGCCUAAGCCCUUAAGAUAACACCUACAUAUUUAUGAUGCAUAUAAUACAUGUUGUAUGUUUAGCAUUUUUGACAAUUUACCGUUUAUAUGAGAGAUUAAAACAUGAUAUACAAAUAUAUACACACACAUAUAUA